GCUGAAAAUUGUGUGGAAAGGUGCCAUUACACACAUGUUUACAGAGACAAAAAGUGUGUCACAGCUUCACCAACAACAACACCAUCAACACAGUCAAUAGGUACAGGAAACCCAACAUCCAUUCCGUUGACAACUGUGAUACCGAGAACAGGGUCUACAAAUAUUGUGAAACCAACGACAGGGAAACCAGUACCACCAACAAGAAGGCCAGCAAAAGGGAAGCCAACAACAAUGAAGUUAACUGCAGGAAAGUCGAGCACUAUGAAUAUAACUAUAGGUAACCCAACAUCAUCAACUCCAACCACGGGAAAACAAGUAACUACAGGACCAGCAUCUUCGAGAACCAAAGCAAGGCAACAGGGUUUGUAAUUAAAUUUAAACCAACCAAAGGGUAUGGGGAAACCGGAAAAAACAAGGGAAACAGAAAAAGGUAGGAAAACAGGAGAACUAAGGAAAAACAAAGGAAAAAAGUUGAAAACAAAGCAAUAGAAAACUACAAAAGCAAAGGGGGAAACAAGGAAAAUAUAGGAAAAUAUAGGGAAACAGGGGAAAACAUCGGAAGACAAGGGAAGUGGAAACACACUGUCAGGGAAACAGAGGGAAAAAAUGGGAAAACAGGGGGGACUACCGAGAACAAAUCCAGCUUGCGAGUCAGGUCGUAUGCUUGGUGACCAGCAUUAAUUCACACAAUAUUGAGAGAAACGUCUCCUUGGGUAACACCUUCCAGCCUCUGAGAUCAGCACCCUUUGCAGUUGUAAAUUGUAAAAAAAGUGCGCAUGCGUAGUAAGGAACCGUACAUGAAGCCGAUCAAAAAGUGUUGAGUUAAUUUGCAACAGGCUUUAUCCUCGCGUUCCUUGCUUUGUGUGUUAGAAAGUUCGACUGCUCGCAAACAGUUCAAUGCGUUCAUGGUAAAAUUUGUGGAAAAUUUAAAAAUUCGAAUCACAAAUAACACAAAACUCAAAGGCCAAAUCUAAGCUGAUAUGAACGGCUUGUUUUAUUAGCUGACGAGAAACGAUCCUCAUAGAUUUUCAUGGAAUAUUACCGGGUGUGAAUAUUCCAACAGACUAAUUUGACAGUUUGUCCUUCCUUAGUUGACUGUUAACAAAGACAGGAAGCGAGUCAAGAAUUCCAAGUCAGUAAAUAAGUGAUAAUUCGAUCUUCCAGACUUACGUCAACGGGUUACUUAACAAGAUAGUUAAUCAGUAAUUUACUUUGUUUAAAUAAUGGGUAUAAAGGACAUGAUCGUCCCAAUGGUAAUUGAAAUUUAAGCAAUUGCAAAUUAACCCGAAAAAAAUUGAGAGUCUUCAACGGGAUAUGAAACCAUGAUCUCGGCUUUGGCGCUGCAGUGCUUUACAAACUGAGCUAUAAAGACCCUUACAUUGAUAGAAGGCCAAUUUGUUGACUUCGUCUUAACCCAUGAAAGGAAUGAAACAUAGAGUGAAGUUUGUUGUUUGUUUGUUGUCGUUUUUUAAUUACAGAUGUAGCUGUGAUCAGCAUCCGCAAAAUACCACUCAGAUAGAGGGAGGAAACGUAACUUUCACUUGUGACGCGACAACAAAUCCUGCAUCAUCAUUCUUAUGGACUAAAGACGGAUCUGUUGUGAAUGCGACCUCAACGAUUAUUUUGUCAUCUGAUAACAAACAAUUGACGAUAAUUAAUGUCUCCAGAGGAGACAGUGGACACUACACCUGUGUGGCUACUAACGACGUAAAGACAGUUCAAUCCAAUGCUGCCUUACUUGAUGUACAAUGUAAGAAUGAAAGCUCAGUAUUCCUCCUUUCCUUAGAAAAGAAAAUUUUCAAUCGUGUAACUGCGCGUUUCCCGUCCCUUUUUAAAUGCAAGCACUACAAACUGAUUCCUAGUCUAUUAGAUCGUAACAAUACCGGAAGAAAGUGAAAAUGAAGAGAUACACAGUAAAGUUUUCAGUCUUUUUAACAUACAUUGAGUUCUUUUUUUACAUAGUCUAGAAAACCUCAGGUGAUUCCUUCUCAAACAAAUCGCAAUCGCUCGAGUACUGGCCCUACCUAAUUCCUAUGGAGCCACCAUUAUAAAGCGACUAUUUUGUGCAUAUCUUUGUGUGCAUUUAAUCUCCGUCUUUCACUGUUAUUUUCUUUUAUUUUCUUGAAAUAUUUUUUACAGUGGUACCAAAUUCGCCAGAAAAUAUGACAGUCAUCUUUAAGACCUCAAGAGUUAUAACUAUCUCAUGGACAAGCGGUUUCAAUGGCAACAGUGAUAUUCUUAACUAUACUGUGGAGAUUAGUACAGAUAAUCAGACAUUUGGAGAGGUUACAUGCCAAAGGCUGUCAGGUAGUGGCUGUGUGGCAUCCAGCUGCUCCCUCACAAGAGUUUCUAUUGAAGGCCUUCAUCCUGGAAAGACAUAUUACAUCAGGGUGUUUGCAACUAACAAAGUUGGUUCCAGUACUACUAGCUCAGUAAUCACCACAACCACAGAUGAGGAAGGUACAAAGAUGUUAAGUAACAUUGCUCAGCCGCUUCAGGCAAAAUUAAGUUACUCGUGUUGUACUUGUAACUUUAUGUGCAUAUAAGUUUUGGCCACUGUUUUAGUACUCACACUGUUCUUUAAAUGUUGUGCAUUGUGAAGUGCGAGUAGAAAAUGGUAAAGAGGGUGGUGUAAAAAAGGGCUCAUCACUGACAGAUUGCACUAGUAAAGGACGACAAGAUUUUGAUGACUAUCCUUGGCAAGAACAAGCCUAGUGCCGUCUUGUACCGUGUAAAGGGGCGUAAAAGGUUAGACUCCCACAAACUGUCCUCUAUAUUUCCUUCACACCAAGUACACCUUUUGAAAUUCUGUCCUCUGAGACUCUAAGAAUUAAGAAAAUAUAUCCCUUAUUUGCUCAAGACAAAAGCAUGGUAAAGGAUUUUAGUGAAAUAGCUAUAGCGUCAUCAGUCAAUCGUCCUGUUAAAUAAUAAACCUUUUAAUUCCCAAUACAGCCUUCAUUGAAUCAGCUACUGUAGAAUCCGUAUUUCUCGAAAAGGUGGUUUUUAAAAAUUUAAUUCUCCAUAAUUAGGACCAAAACCAACUUCCCGUCACCAGUCAAACACUGUGAUUUUAUCACCGAUUUGCCAAACCUUCCGAUAAUUCGAAACAAUUUGCUUUUCCCAAGGUGGUUCUAAAAAUUAGGAUUUCAUGGUGUCGGUCUACGGUUUCCUUUGAAGAGUCGUCGAGUUAAACCCCUAAUUUUACUUCUUUCUUUCUUUCUUUCUUAAUUUUAUUCUUUUACUCAGAGCCAAAUGCUCCUCCAUUUAAUGUCCAAGGACAUAACACAAGUUCUACUAGUAUUUUGGUGCAGUGGGGUGAUGUUCCCGCAGCUGCUCAAAAUGGCAUUAUACUGCGCUACACAGUUACCUACACAUCGCUUCCAGGUGGUAGUACACGGACCAAGGUGGUGAAUUCUCCAACAACUAAAGCGAUUCUGACAGGACUCAAUAAAUACACCAACUACAGCAUAACAGUGUUUGCUUCAACUUCAAAAGGAGAUGGAAAUGUUAGUGAGCCAAUCGUUGUCGUCACGGACGAGAGCAGUAAGUAAAUACAAAGAGAAAAAAAUUUGACACCCUGCACGGCCUAAUUAUUAACUAAUAAUUGUUGAACUUAAUUAACUUAAUUAAUUAAACUUAAUUAAACACCUUACGUCGAUUUUGAAAAGCUUGGGCGUUGUCUACGAUUAAGUGAACAGCACGUAUUAACACAAGAAUCAUACAUUUUGGUAAAAAUCUCCUUAAUAAUCUUUUUUAAUCAAGAUGAAAUAUAACAUAAUUUAGUUAGCCACUCGGAAACGUCGCUCAGAUCAAUUUAUGAGAGAAGAGUAGUAUCAUCAGCAAAGAGAAAAAUAUGUAAUUUAUUAGAGGAUUUAUGAAUAUCACUGAUGGACAUCAAAAAUAAAAUAGGUCCCAAUACAGAUUCCUGAGGGACUCUACAGAGAUUUAGUUUCUUUUGAUAAGGAGUGCUCGCCAAUUUGGGUUACUUGAGAUCGACCUUUCAGAUAAAAAGAGAACCAAUCUAAUAUAAUAUCCCUGAGUCCAUAGUGAUUUAGCUUGCAUAAUAAUAGCUUGCAUGAUCAACUGUGUCAAAUGCCUUUUUAAGAUCGAUAAAAAUUUCACAAGAAAACAUUUCUUUGUCCUAAUUGUUUUGAAUCCUAUUUACUAUGUCAAUUAUUGAACGCUGUGUAGAGUGUUUCUCUCUAAAGCAGUACUGUGACUCAUAAGAAAGAUCAUUUGCCUCAAAAAACGACUUCAGACGUUUGUACAUGCUUUUUUCAAAAAUUCUCUUGCAAAAAAAGAGGGGGGAUAUUAGACGAUAAUUGUUAGGGUCUGAAUCAUCACCACUUUUAAAAAUAGGAACCGCCCCUGUCUUGAUUAGCUUUAAUUUGUUAGGGUAGGCUCCCUUGAGGAUAGAAGCAUACAUUUUUUCCAUAAGUGGUAUACUUAUUAAACGUUUUGCAACUUUUAAGAUGAUUUUCGGGAAGAAUAAGCCCCAUCUGACUUCCCGAUAGGCAAAAGCAAUAUUUCGGAUUCCAUUUCGGCAGGAUUAACAGGAGUAACGUAAAAGAAUUUUUGACAAAUAUGUUCAAAAUACUCCGAAAAUGACGUUCAGAGUGAGGUAGCUUGGCAGCUAAAAUAGCUGCACAUGACGCGAUAUAAUUGUUCGCGACGGUUAGUAAUUUCUGCGAAUCGUGAAUUAAUGGACCACUAUGUUCAUCCUUUGAAGUUCACUUUUGCAGUCUUGCAGUCUCAUAAAAGACCAACGACCUACGUUCCUAGGGUGAUGCAAAUAUAGACAACAUUACAAACCUCGGUUACGCGGCUCUACAAUAUAAAUACAUUGUCCAGCAAAAAGGGGAGAUGAGAAUAGGUAAAUGUAUCUACCAGAUAAUGCUAUCUUGAUGUAACCUCAAAUUCUCUAAACUAAUUUUACCGGGAAAUGUAGAGCAGCCUGGAGAGAAAGGAGGAUAACUUAUCAGAUCUACUGUUACAAUUACCCUUUUUUGCAGGACCUUCCGCCGCUCCUUUACUGAAUAGUGUGACUGUAUUGAAUAGCACCAGUGUACUGGUGGGAUGGGAAUGCGUUCCUAAGGAAUAUAGAAAUGGCAUCAUCACUCAGUACACCAUAUACUAUAGGGACGAACUGAAGAAGGCGGAAGGGACAAGGGUCGUCAUACCACCUAAUAAAACGGUAAUCAUCAAUGGACUGAGACAAAAGGCUGAAUAUUUAUUUUGGAUUUUGGCUGCAACUUCGAAAGGGAAUGGCCCACCCAGCAACACGAUAAAGCCAACAACUGAUGGUAAGGAGAUUUCAAAAUGCUACUCUUCCAUACUUAAUCAUAAACAAUCGGUUUUCAUUUUUUUUUCUCUUAGGUUGGCAGUUUUAAAGAACUGUAUAUCGGAUACGAUGGAAUCACCUUAAUGGCGAACGACAAACGCCAGUUUGUACCAAAUGAUUAACUUAUCGUUAAAUGUUCAUUAUAUCUGCACCGAAAAGUAUAUAUUAAGUAGCUCCAUGCCCUUUUCAUCCAUAAGGAUUACUUUGGAUAGCCUUUCUUAAUCUCAAGUUUUCUCUCAUUCUUUCCACUUACUAGAUACAUUUAAGGGUUAUGCUUAUUCUGGGGCCUGUACAAGUUUUAAAGUAAGCCCAUGCUUGUUUAUUAUUCACAAAAUUUUUCCGGAAUAUCCUGUUGGAAAGUAAAUGUAACAGGAUCUCUUGGGUCGUUUCAGCGGAAAAUUUCCGGGAGCAACGGAACACCUAAAAAGGUAGUCCUGUUUUUCCGGACGUAAUAUUCCACACGGAAAUUUGUGUUCCAUUUGCUCAAAGCCAUGUUUGAUACCAGUUUCAGGCUUUGGACCGUUUUUUCGGUAAAUGGAACUGAUUUGUACAAAUGGUAAAUGCGACUUCCGCGAUGAAAUUUACCAGUUCUGAAUUUUGCCCACCAUUUGCCCAAACCGUCAACCGUCCGCUUUGCCCACCUAAAUGGUAAACAACCCUUAUUGCUACCAAAGGCGCUGGCGCUGAAAUUAGUAAAAAUCGUUUCUUUUAGCCGUGCCCACGAUUUUGCCACCUGUUGAAGAAGCCAUUGGUGCAAUUCAAGCGUCCGUCAAAUUUGUCAACAAGCACUUCUUGAGUACUGGAAGUCCUGUGAAGUAUGUACAUGUCUCUGUGAGGUGCUUUUAAAGUUGCUGUUUAUUUCAUUUCAUUUCCUUUUUUUUUUUUUUUUUCAUCCUAAAGCUUCAAGAAAUGGUUAGUAAGUAUUAUUUAUAUUAGGUGCCGAAUUCUGCAAAGAAAAGUACGAGUCAAACCUUAGCCUGAGCUAGUGGACUUAGGCCUGUCUCAAUUAAGUUCGUCUGAAUGAGUUUGGGUCGUCCCACACGUUCUAUCCGUCUGCUUUAGACGGAUAGAACGUCUGAAGAUCGUCCCCGACGCAAACGUCGGUCUUCACAUGCGACGAACUAAACUAGCAAAUUAAAAAUUUGUGUGAGUACAUUAUUAUUUUAGCCUUGUUGGGGAGAAAAUUUAUUAAAACUGCUUAAGGUCUGAUUCAGUUGAUUAGUUUGGCGCGUCCUAAGUUAGACGUCUUACCCCAAGCAGCGAUUUUGACUUAACUCAGGUGGACCCAAAUUAGAGUUUGGUUCGUCUCAUGAAAUGUUGUAGAUUUGGCCUAGGCCUUAGAGUUCCUUUUGACAAAGUUAUCGGGAAAAAAGAGUUUUCUUUAUGUAACUGAAUAAUUUUGUCAUGUCGCUAUCAGAUAUUUCCGAAUGAUUGUUAUCACGCUACCGAAAGGAGCAGAGCCAGGAAAUCCAGCAGACGAAAAGUACCAAAACGUUACUCGCGUGUAUGAUGACCAAUUGGAUGGCAAGCCUUACAUUACUGCUGAGUUUGAAAGAGAGGAAUCAAGAACGACAUUUAUUGUUGGGGAUGGGAAGUAUUACUCACGGAGUGGUAUAACUGACGCUGAAAGAAAACGCAGAGCUACCUCAUGUAAGUUGGCAAUGACUACACGAAUACGGGCAACUCUUCUUCUAAACUUCUUACAACUGUUCCGAAACACCACUGACCGAAUCACAAAACAAAAAACAUGAAACAACAAUAUAAAAACCAACUAUAAGAACAGACUUUAUUACAUGGUUUGCAGUGUAGUAGAAAUCAUAAAAAUUUCCCAAUUAUGAUUUCCCUUCAAAUCAAUGGAAGUCCUGAAUUUUUUCCAGGCUUCUUACGCAAUUGCCGAAAUUGAGUUCACAACUGUGAGGAUCAUUCUUCAUUUGAGGGUGUUAAUGUUAUACUUAAAGGAGUUUUUCAUGAGAUAUACAACGUCGUCAAUGUCGUUAGUGUUUAUAUUAAUUUAUUUUUGUAUGAAUUAUUAAUGCCCUUUGCCUAAUUAUAUCUUUGAAAUAUAUGAGCAUUCGAAAAUUAGUCAUCGGCUGAUAUUAAUGGUUUUUAGAUGUUACCAAGUACCUGAAUGGGAAGCUAAAGGAGAAGACAGAGUACGUGGUCUUUCAGAGAUCUUUUGACAAAGAUGGCAACUAUGAAAACGAGGGAUUCAUUCAAUUUGCGACGAAAAGUAAGUUAUGUUGGUUGGUUUGUUUGCUCUAGACAUAUUAUUCUUGCAUGAGUUUCCUUUAACAUACUUUGAGCAAAUUACCGUCUUUCGAAUUUAUUUCGAAAACCUCGUGUUAACCCUCGAAGGCAGAAGCAAAUUUAAACCCAACUGCCCCCAACCUCCGUUUUUGCUGUGUUACAAUGGAGAAUGAGAAUUGACGUUUGCGGCAAACGGCAAACAUCAUAUUCAAGUUCACGGUUUUAAAAAGUAAGGAAAUACUGAAGCAGAUUAAAAUAGCCAAAAUUAAAAAAUAGUAAUCAUGGAAGAAUCAAUUGGCACGGAACAACUUCUUUUUCGGAGAUAUAGUUAGUAGUAAACGGCAAUUAAAAUGAACAUUUUAUCAUGUCGGCCAAAUUCAAGUUUUCUGUUUAAUUCUACAGCUAUCGUGGUCGACAGCCUGCAAUGAUCGAGUUCUACGCAAAGAUGUAAAAAUUAUAUCAUGAGCAGCUGAUCGGGAGCUGUAGCUUUAGUCAAUAAAAAAGGCUAAAAGUGGAUUUCUAUAAAGAUUCAAAAUUACGCAGAAAAAGUUAGGCAAUAAGCAGUUUAUUCAUGCUCAAGCUAAAAUAUAUAUAGCUCUCCGCGCGCUUCUCCACUUUUCGUACUUUCUACGCCUGAGAGACGCAGCUUGCAAUAUUAAGAUAUAGUCGAAAAAUAAAUAUCCCAAUAGAGAGAAGUCAUUACGUCGCGUUGCAUUGGAAUCAAAAUAUCUGGAUCUCAACAAAUCUUGAUCCUACAAAUAUGGCAGAAAAAAUAAAAAUAUUGACAUGUAUGACUUUCCAAUGCAUGAUUUCACUCAGGGACAAAACGGUAACCCAUACUUAUCUUCCAUCGUUCGAUACUACAAAUGGUCGUCUUUGCGAAGAAAGGUUGUUGAGAUCCAGAAUACCAUGAUAAUAUGACGUCUCACUUCUCCUCUCUAAGGCACCCAAAAAAGUGCGGUUGACUGAAAAAAGAAAUAUCAUACCAAAGAAAAAGACAGGGGAAUAUGAGCUUGCAAGGACAGAUGUAUGAGCAAGUAGAGCGGACACAAUUACUUCUGAUCAUCUUCCUGUCAUGGGAGUCUUUCAAGAGAUUACUAUAGUUCACUAUACUAGAGAAGUAACUUUUUGGUUUUAAUGUUCCCUUUAAAGGUGGUUGCAUACUGUAGGUGUCAAUAUGUUUGCCCAGCCGUUCUUUAGUUUCAUGAGCAUCGUCGCGCAUUCCUUGGCAACCAAUCAGGGUUGAAGAGCUUUCAUAGCGUCUAUGAUAUGCAUGAUAUUGCGCGUAAUAUGACACAUCUACGAACUUUGUUGAUCUGGAAGUAAAUGUCCCGAGAACAAUAGGCAUUCUGCACGAUGCUUUCUCCUUUCUAUCCUAUUUCUUUGUCCUCUUUUAGUUAGCUAUUACUUGUUUUAAAUAUUGGUCUGCUUGUUUGUGAAUUUCAGAAGAGAAUGAUUCUGAAUCGUCGUCCAAGCCUUCAACAGUUAUCAUAGUGUCCGUAGUGAUAGUCCUGGUGAUUCUUCUGUUAGUGGGUGUUGCGAUUAUUGUUUGGCGUUAUCGAAGAUCCUAUAAUGGUAUGUUUGAUUUAAUUUUCAUGAAGUUUCUCUAUAUAAGCUGUCAUAUUUAUGUGGGUGAUAUUCAAAAUAUACUCCGAUGUAAUGACGAUGAAGAUAACAAGUUUUUAAUUUCAGUGUCAAAUGUCUAAUGGUUAGUUAUUGACACCUUGCUCAGACUUACCAGUUCCUUUUUUAUAUUACGACAGAAAGUACAUGUUGUUCUAAGAGAAAAAAAGAUAAAUUAAGUCAAGAAAACAUAGAAAUGUCCGACAACAGCAAGCUAUCGACGUCAGGAGGUUACUACAACUCUAUUCAGCUACAUGACGAGCUACGCUCUGUUGAAAGACCAGCAAAAACAUGCCAGGACACCUAUGAAGACGUACUUUCUGACGAGCCUACCUACUAUACUGACGUUAAUCCAGAUCAAGAGAGAAUUUAUCAAGAAAUUAAGAAUGAGAAUCAUUAUCAGCCGUUAGAUUUGAAUAGACCAGCAGUUUAUGAAAAGAGUCAAGGGUCAAGUAAGAUUUUCAUGUAA